CGAUAACUCUAUAUAUUUAUUUUUUAUGUGGGAGUUGAAAAAUCGUCUUUCGUUGAAACGUCUACUUAUAUCCGAUUGGAAAACCUUAGAAAUUUGAUUUAUGCACUUAAUAUGGAGUAAAAUAUUUUUUGCCUAAGGAAUAUCGCAAAUGAAAAUUGAUUACGUAGUGUAAAUAAUUGAAAAUCUGUCACACUGAAGAAACCAUAAACAUUUGGUGCCUGGAUGGGUUUUAGCAAAACCAUCCAGGUUUAACCCUUUUCCGUGUAUAUCUACCUUUAAUCUGUUAUUUUAAUCUUAUUGUUUUCUUAUAAGAAUCGUUAAUUAUUCCAAAUUUAACGAUGUAUUUUUAUCGACAAUAUAACUUUUUAUAACUUGGAUGUAUUAACAUUAUCUAUUACUUUUGCCUGGUUUGUACGUUGCAGUUGAACUUUGUUGUUAUAUCUGAAUAUAUUUAUAAAAUAUAUAAACUCUUUUUAAAUAUACAUAAAAGUGUAGCAAUGUAAUUGGGACAACUCUUCUAUUUAUGUAUUACGUUUUUAUUCUACUGGGCAGUGGUCGAAGUUUUGAAUUACGGUCCCUUUCAGAAUUUCUGUAACAGGGAACAGUUUUUGAAGGACCCUCCUUGAAAGAUGUUUACUUUUUUCUGUGUUCUCUUUGACCAUCAUUAUUGCUUGCUUUCUGACGCACCUGAUUUGUGAGCAUGGCAGUUUUCUGAACAUAUUACCGUGUCGACUCUCUGUAAUAUGACUUGAUUUAUCACCAAAAACAUAAUUGUCUAAUUUAAAUUCGUUUGAAAUCUAAAACUAUUUUCUUUUCAUGCAUUCUUUCCUUCAACCUGCUUUCCACAUACUGCCAUAGGCAAGCACUCGCAUUUAUUGUUAACAAUUGAAUUUGGAGGUGUUGUUAUUGUUUUUAGUCUAAUUUAAAUUUUUUUUUCCUUUUUUAGCUAUAAUAUCGAAUCACAUACAUUUAGAUAUAUACCAUAUAGCUGACCCUAUGUCUCCUCCUUCACCCUGUUUUGUACUGUUCACCGCCUGAGCGGGAUCAGUCUCAGGCGUGUGUUUUGUCCCCUUGUGUCGUAUAUGUGUGUUACUUCGUGUGAAAUUGUUACCGUUCAGUUUGUACUAUGUCCGUCAACUGGUCAGAUGAUUCUUCUACGGCCGGAAAACGGUCAAAAAUUAUUCACAGUCUCUCUCAGGUGACUAACUGGGAUAUUGAUGGAGGACUUGCUGCAGACUUCGAUGGUUCGCUGUCCGGACUCGGGUCUGAACUUGGUUCAGGAACUUACAAUAUGAGUGAAGCUCUUUUGGCUCUUCCUGUAUUUAAGCAAGAGAAUCUUGAGAAUNGUUUCCAGUAUGUUCUUGGAGCUGCAACCUCACCUGCUGUUAAAAGAAACGAGGAAACCCUUACUUAUUUGAAUCAAGGUCAGUCAUAUGAAAUUAAAUUGAAAAAGCUUGGAGAUUUAUCAAAUUUGAAAGGCAAAUAUCUCCAGAGCGUUGUAAAAGUCUGCUUCCAUGAACGUCGUUUACAGUACAUGGAAAAAGAACAAUUAGAAUUAUGGCGCUUAACCCGACCAGGUGAACGUUUAUUAGAUAUUGAUAUCCCCUUAUCAUAUGGUUUAAUAGAUGUUCGCUUAGAUCCUAAUAAGUUAAAUGCAGCUGAGUUUAUUUGGGAUCCUACAAAAGAAACUGGAAUAUAUAUCAGAGUUCAUUGUAUUAGCACAGAAUUCACCCCCAAAAAGCAUGGUGGUGAAAAGGGGGUUCCAUUUCGAAUUCAAGUGGAAUCUCAUACAUCAGAGGAUGGUGAAAGCAAAUUACUUCAUACUGCUUCAUGUCAAGUUAAAGUGUUUAAGCCCAAAGGUGCUGACAGAAAACACAAAACAGACCGAGAGAAAAUGGAGAAACGAUCAGAAGCAGAAAAAGAAAAAUACCAGCCUUCCUAUGAAUGUACAGUACUCACAGAGGUCCCCUCUCGGAGGGUUCACGUCAAAAAAGAAUAUUUGUAUACAGAUAUGAACAGCUCUGAGAAUGGGGGGGAGAUUUCUUUGGAGCAAAUCAUCAAUGCCCAACUCAGCAGUUUUGCCUUAAGUCCUGAUGCUUCAUUCAGUAGUCUAGCCAACAGUAGCACCUUGUCAGAAGUGAGGACUCCACUUGGCAUGGGCCAACCACAAGUAUGUACAGUAGAUUCAGCCAUCAUUCAAACUAGUACUCCUAAAAUUGGAACUUCAAAUACCUCAGUGUCAUCUGCUAGCAGUCUCAAUUCUCCUACAUCUGUGACUGUUCCUUCACCAUCCAUUAACCAGAAACCACCGUCAGAAACAUCUGAACCUGUAUUUCAAGCUCUUACAGGGGAAGCAACUGCUCAAGAUGUCACGACAUGGUUACAUCAGAAUAGAUUUGUCAGUUAUGUGCGCUUAUUCCAAAAUUUUUCAGGUGCUGAUCUUCUUCGCUUAUCAAGGGACGAUCUUAUACAGAUAUGUGGCCUGGCAGAUGGCAUUAGAUUGAAUAAUGCAUUACAAGCCAAAUGUGUCAGGCCUAGAUUAACGAUAUAUGUUUGUCAGGAGGGGGACCAUGUUUAUCAUGCAGUAUUCCUUGAUAAUCUAACUUCAAGGGAAAUCAAACAGAAGUUAGCUGAUCUCUUCACUUUAGAAUUCCAUAAAAUUUCAGAAAUACUUUGGCAAGGACCUUCAGGAAUCCAUAUAGUUUUAAAUGAUGAGGUAAACAUUCUGAAUUUCUAUCGUGAUUUCCUACUGUAAUCAGGUUGACUGAGGCAAGUUGCAUUCUUCCAAAUUCACAAAAUGGAAUGAAUUUACAUGCCAAGUGAAGAAGAAAAUCCUAACAUUUCUGGGAAUGAAAAGUAGUGAUCUGUAAAACGAAGUAAAAUAGCAUGUGUU